CGGAACGGACCCAGUAAUAGUGUCUAGGGACAUUCUCUGUCAGUGCUUUUCACAGAUUUUAGUGAUGGAGACGUCCGCCUUGAAUCUGGCGCAUGAGAAGCAAAGGAGAGCAGAAGCGUUGUUGCGAGAGGGAAAGUUCGAGGAGGCGGCCAAGUGUCACGAAGCUGUGGCUGAUCUGCUAGCGGAGGCCCAUGCGCAGCUCGAGUCCAGUCUCAUCCAUGUGCACGCGUCUACUUUGUCUCCCCAGGACACGUCAAAAUUUUUGACACCGAUCCACUCGCUCGUCACGUUGGAGUCCCUCAAUCUACAACGAGACUAUCACAAGAGACAGGCAGCUGUUGUCAGAAUGAAGCAAGCGCAAUACGAGGAAUACAAGACGACGUUAGAAAAUCAUCAGAAAAACCUUCUCAAUAAGCAUGCAGCUAGGUACAGUGAAAGAGAUAAUUGCGCGGACGCAAGAAACGACAAGUUCGACGGUUCGUUACGCCAAGCCAUAUACAAGACUAUCGACGAGCAAGAUAAUCUUCUGAGUCUGAUAGAUAUCAAGCUACCUACCGCCGAGGAAAAGAGUUUCAAACAUCCGAAGGACACAGGUACCGUUAUAGAAGAGCUCAGAACCGUUAACAGCCAGUUGCGGUCGCUUGUAGGGAGCUUACUCAGCCAGCUAGAGGCGAAGGAGGAAGAAGUGCGUCAGCUGACGGAGCGUCUCUAUGCGGUGUCUGUCAAUUCGAAUGAUGAUAUCAGAUCGGAACAACAUUCUCUGUGUCUUGAUCCUUUACCUCCGUUGACACCUCUGGAAAUGCCACUUUUCGACUUUACAUCUUCGUAAUCCACAAGUUUUCUAUAUCUAAGGUACCCUUCGGAGAUGUUCGCGAGAAAACUUUAAAGUGAAAUUGAUAUUAAACAAUUAUGACUAGUGCUAAAAAUACAUCGUAUUUUUAAAUGCUAAAUAUUAAUGUAUUGAGGUGUAUGCAGUUGUAAAUUUUAUAUAAACGGUAUACAACAAAAUGUGUAUUUUUGUUAUAAAUUUUGAUGUCGAAGGUGCUCAAUAUAUAUAUUUUUGGGGGAGCCCUUUAAUCUAUGCUGAAGAUUUGUGUGAAGGUUCGGCUGUACAUUGAAUUAACUGUAUGGAAAAUUAAUGCUUCUGAAAACUAACAGUAUGAUCGUUUGCACGUGGAUCAACGUGGAUCAAGUGCCCCGUACACGGACGAUCCACUGAAGAGAAACGCAAAGAUUCCAAGAAAAUUUAGCCUUGGUAUUUAGUGUACGUGAAGCAUAAAAUAACUUUUCUUAACAAUCAGACGAAAUUAAAAGAUCAUUUUAGCAUUAAAAACCGAGAUACUUUAGAAUGCGUACAUUGUAAGCAGCUUAUAUUCGCUGAAAACAAUAAUACGCAAAAUUUAAAGACACAUGUACAAUUGUGUACUAGUCGUAGGUAUAAAAAAAUAGAAAAACAACUUACAAUUGACAACCUUUUGAAAUAAAUCUUAUAAACAUAGUAAUACAAGAAUAGAAUUAAGUGAUACCAAACGUGCGAACAACUAAAAAAUACUUGACCAUUAUGUAAAUUAUAUACAUAAUGAACAAUAAGAAAACAAUAUUUUUAAACAUACAGACAAGAGGAAACCGGCAGGUAAUAAUGUUUCCUCGUAUAUGUCAUUUAUUAAUAAAUAUGACGAAUAACAA